CUAUCUAUAUUUUGAAUCACUUGUGAAACCGGGCAUUAAUUGUAAUAUACGCCAAUCACUGGUUAUGAUAAUUUGUAUUUAUCUGACCCAAUUAAACGUCUGUGUUUAGACAGUUUUGCCAUUAGUUUGUUAAUAUCGUUGACAAAACUACCAAGAAAUGAACUAAUUUUUAGGUCGUGACUUCUACCAAUUACUUUUUGUUUUAAUGUCCCGUUAGUUACCAUUACUGGACUUCCAUUACUAAGCGAAGGUUGUUGUGACACGGCGAUGUUGAAUGUUAGAGGACCAUUUUUAAUUUCGACAUGUAUUAUACUGACGUAUGGAUUCCAAAGUUGUUCCUUACCGUAUAACGAAAUCGGAAAAUGCGUCGAUCUUAAACAGUGCCCUGAACUACAGCGGCACCAUCUGGCGAGUAGGAUUUCUUUAAACACGUCUAAAGAUCAAUGUGAUUACUUCAAGGUGUGUUGCCCAACCACAUCUACACACUUUAAAAAUUCUAAACGAAUUAAGAAAUCCGUGCGGAUAUCACAAAACGACCAUGUACAAUGUGGAAUCCAGUACCCGGGUAACAGAAUAUUUGGAGGAACUAUAACUGACCUACACGAAUUUCCUUGGAUGGCAUUGUUAAUUUAUCAAACAGAAAAAGGUCCAGGCCUAGCCUGUGGUGGAGUACUAAUCAGUCAGAAGUACGUCCUUACUGCUGCACAUUGUGUUACUGGCCCGUCAAUGAGAAAAGUUGGCAAAUUGAUAGCAGUACGUUUAGGGGAACACAACAUCGAAACGCCAGUUGAUUGCGACGAUGAUGAAAUAGACGAAGAUUGUGCACUGCCGCAUAUGGAUAUUUUCAUUGAGUCGGCAACGCCUCAUCCGAAUUACACUGCCGAAUCCUCUAGUAAAUACAACGAUAUUGCACUGAUUAAAUUAAAUCAGGCAGUCAAUUACACAAAGGACGUCCAACCCAUCUGCUUAGGAGAAGCCGCCCAAGUGUCGAAGUGGAACAAUCCCGGAGCGGAUCUUGUUGUUAGUGGAUGGGGACAAACAGAAACAAGAGAAACGGGUAGUCCGAUAAAGCUAAAAGCCAAAGUACCUCUUGUGCGUCAAGACAUUUGUACAAGGUCAUACGCGAAAAAUCAAAUUCGAUUAGGAAACACACAGAUUUGUGCAGGUGGAGGUCGUAAAGACUCAUGUAAGGGAGAUUCAGGAGGCCCGUUAAUGUUUGAAGAUACGAGUGAUCCAAAUGAAUCCCGUUGGUAUACUGUGGGCGUGAUUUCUUUUGGUGCUCAACCGUGUGCAUCGGAAGGCGUACCAGCGGUAUAUACCAAUUUAGUUUCAUAUUUGGAUUGGAUUAAAACUACCAUGUCGUUGUAAAAUACUAGGUAACUAUCUUAUUUUUUAUUAACACGAAUGUAUUCUAGAAGUAGUAUAACUUCGACAACUAAGUAUAUAAUACAAUAAAAUCGAUAUACUUGCA